CAUAGUUCCGAAUUCGAGUUAUCUAACGGUCGCUUCUAAGCACAAUCCCCCUCCAUCCAUAGCUCAUACCCUAUACCCUCUCUAAACUAAAAACAACCAAUUCCCUUUCCUUUGCACGGUCUGCACCCACCCCCCCCGAAAAGAAAUUUGAACAUUGCCCUCAAUGUCUCCAGCUUCCACUGUGACUACUUCUUCGUCCAUUAUCCUUCCGAUAGUGAGUCCUCUCAAGGCUGCUGCUUCUGCUUCUGCUGCUAUUGCCUAUGAGAUUAUUCCUGUUGAGGAGAUCGACACUGCCUUCUGCGAUUAUGUUGACCUUGCUGUCAAAACACGAGGUGGCAAGGUCUUAGCGGUGUCCGAUGAGUGGUUUGCAGAGGCUCAUAACCUGCUCACCCCUACUGCCCCCAUCUCGCGUAAGGGCCACUUUACCCCCAAAGGAGCUUGGUUUGAUGGCUGGGAGACCCGUCGCCAUGGACCUGACUAUGAUUGGUGCGUGAUUCAGUUGGGUUACCCUGGUACGAUUGCAGGGUUCGAGUUCGAUACCGCCUUCUUUACGGGAAAUCACUCUCCUUUUGUGUCUGUGGAGGGUUUGGUGGCAGCUAGCUCUGAGAAGGCUGAUAAUGGUUGUGAUAAUGGUUAUGGUCAAGGUACUGACGUUAAUGGUGAUGGGGAUGAUGCAAAGAGCGUUGGAAGGACGACUUUGAAUGGGGGAUGGGCCAAGGCUAUCGGUGGUACUGCCGGUCCUCACUGGGUCCCCAUCUUGCCUAAAGUGGCCUUGAAUCCUGAUUCGCGUCAUGGUUUCAAAUUGGCUCAGCCUACCACGUCUUUCUAUACCCAUAUCCGAUUCAGAAUGUUCCCUGAUGGUGGGGCGGCUCGUUUGAGAGUCUAUGGUAAGGUCCACCAAAUUUUGCCGGAAGAUAAGGCCGAGAUAUUUGACUUGGCUGCUGUGGGGGCCGGUGGCCAGGUGAAGGCGUUCUCAGACGCUCAUUUUGGCCAUCCUUCGAACCUAUUGCUCCCUGGACGUGGCAGUGAUAUGUCGGAUGGAUGGGAGACUAAGCGAUCGCGCGCUCCUGGCCAUGUUGACUGGUGCUUGAUCAGAUUGGGAGUCCCUGGUCAUCCUGUGUUGGUUGAGAUCGACACUGCUCAUUAUAUGGGCAACCCUCCAAAGUGCGUCACUCUUCUUGGCUUUACUGCCUCGGAUACUCUUGAAGAGAAUCCUGUUGUCUUGUUGGAUCAAGUCCCUGUCAAACCCCAUAAGCAACAUAUUUUCUCAAUCCCUGAACCGAUCAGUGCAAACAACCUGAUUUCGACUAUCAAGGUGGUCAUGAUUCCCGAUGGUGGGAUCAAGCGUGUUCGUGUCUUUGGAUCACAAUCCUGGCCUGCUCAUCCCAUCCCUGAGACAAGCUCCAUUGGUAAGACACAGCCCUUGCCAGAUGAGCACACAUGGAACUUGUUGACCAUUCAAGCUGAACCGAUUACAAAGGCCGCGUUCGAACCUUGGGGUCAAGUCAUUGAGGUACCUCUAUACGACCCAAAUGCUAUCAAGGUGAACCAGGGAACGGCUCAAAAGUUCUCACAUAUUGGCCAUUUUGCAAACUGGCGCUCCUAUGCGUUAAAUGAGGAAGCGAUCCAGGACCAAAACAAGCUGAUGAUGGAAAAUAGCAACAAUAGCCAGAAAAAGUGUUUGGACAGACCCUAUCCUGCCAACAUUGUUCCUGCUACUGCUAACAUUGCCAUCUUCCAAUGUUACAAGCCCAUUGAAACCCAGGAGAUUGGGGUGCGAUUGCUAGAGAGACAUCCUUAUUCAUCUCAGAUGUUUGUUCCGAUGGGUGGAGAUGGUAAUGGUGGAUUUGUAGUGGUGGUGGCAAAAGAUCAAGAGGGAUCCGAGGGAAGGAUACCUGAUUUGACGACCUUGAAGGCCUUUACGGUCAAGAACAGCCAAGGAGUGAAUUAUAAGCCGAAUGUAUGGCAUCACCCUAUGAUUGUGACGGAUCGGCCAGUGACCUUCUUGACGAUCACAAACGAGUCCGGGGUUGGAAAGGAUGAUUGUGAGGAGUACUGGUUCAAGAAGGAAGCCGAGGCUGUGGGAUCGGAAGGAGGCGUAGCAGCUAUUGUUCGUCUCUAAAAAAGGGAAGAGGAAAAAAAUAAUGAUCGAAUGAUGAAGUUUGCGUAGACUUUACGACGUUUUUGUUUACUUGAUCUUCUAGCUCGAUGUUUAGUCUUGUAUAAAAUAAACAAUACAUGUUAACAG